AUGCCUGUCAUCGACAUCAACAAGGACCUGUCGGCCCUUUUCCGCCAACAGGUCUGGGUGACGCCUGAUGCUGUGGCGUUGGAGGAUGAUUCAACGACAUAUACUUAUGUCGAGCUCGAUCGAAAGGUCGAGGCUCUCUCCAAUCGCCUUCGCAAGCACCGAGUCGGCCGAGACAGCCUCGUUGGCGUGCUCCUACCACGCAGUGCCAACUAUGUGAUCGCCUGUCUCGCUGCGCUCCGGGCAGGCGGGGCUUUUCUCGUCCUCGAACUCGCGUACCCUCCUGAACUCCUGGCAGACGUGAUCGACGAUGCCAAACCAGCUGUAGUGGUCACAUACAAGGCCGAGGUUGGUAAGAUCAAGGAUGGAAUCCCUCUCAUCACCCUUGAUGAAGAGCAGACAAAUACCAAUGGAGAUGUGAAAGACCUACCUCCGCUGCCUGCUGAUGAUGACUUGGACAGACUUGCUUUCGUCUCUUAUUCUUCAGGUACGACGGGCAAGCCGAAGGGCAUCGCAAACCCUCAUCGAGCGCCAGUCCUUUCGUAUGAUCUGCGAUUCGGUGUUUGCGAUCUUCAACCUGGUGACCGUGUCGCCUGCAAUGUCUUCUUCAUCUGGGAGAUCCUCCGUCCGUUGCUGCGAGGAGCGACUGUCGUUGCAGUACCAGACGAGGCAAGUUAUGACCCCCCUGCGCUCGUGGACCUUCUAUCUUCAAAGAAUAUCACCGAGACUCUCAUGACGCCGACGCUCUUGGCUGCAGUGCUGUCACGCCACCCAAAGAUUGGGUCUCGACUGCCAAAGCUGCGGACUUUAUGGCUGAAUGGCGAAGUCGUGACCACCGACUUGGCACGUCGAGCCAUGAAAGCUCUUCCCAACACAACCCUGCUCAACUGUUACAGCGCCUGCGAGACCCACGAGAUUGCCUGUGGGGAUAUUGGAGAGAUGCUGGACGACGAAGCACACUACUGUCCCGUCGGCCCUCCGCUGGAUCCAGAACACACCUACAUCCUCGAUGAGAGCGGCCAAAGGGUGGAAGGGGGAGAAAGCGGAGAACUUUUCGUUGGUGGAUCACUCCUUGCUCGCGGGUACAUCAAUCGCCCUGAGACAACCGCCAGAGCCUUCACACCGGACCCAUUCAAUCCAGCGCCGGGAGCGCGCAUGUACAGAACCGGAGAUCAGGCGCGAAUACUUCCAUCAGGACUUCUCGAAAUUACUGGUCGUGUGGGUGCCAUGAUCAAGCUUCGUGGCUAUUCUGUCGUACCUGGAAAGGUCGAGCACGCCAUUGUCCAACACCUCGCUGUUCGACAUUGUGCUGUCACAGCUCAUGGUGAUGCCUUGGAACGACAGCUGGUUGCGUAUGUCGUCCGGGACAAGGACAGCUCUGCAGAUCAUCCGGUGCUGGAGAUUAAUGAAAUAGGUCACAGUCCCACUGCAAGACGGACGCUUUCACCAUACCUAGCUCACUACAUGAUUCCAGCUCUCUGGGUUGAAGUUGAGGAACUGCCUACCAAUGCAGUAUCUGGCAAGGUGGAUCUCAAGCGCCUCCCUAGACCUCCAAGUCCCACAACUGUCAACGGCAAUGUGGUCUUGAAUGGGCACAAGGGAGACCAAGAUCCAAUCGACAUUGACGCCAUAGCUGAAAUCUGGGCUGCAAGUCUCAAGAUCUCCCGUAGUACGAUAACGCCGGAGCACAGUUUUUUCGAUCUUGGAGGACAUUCCCUGACGCUUGCCGACUUGUCUGCACGGUUCUCUCGAGUUCUCGGAGUCAAGGUGCCGCUCGCGCGUCUCGUCGACCCUGCCACUCUCAACGGCCACCUGGAGACACUGCGAUCUGUGAGAGACGGCCACGCCGCAGCGGUACAAGCACAUCUGCCUGAUGUUCUACGCAAAGACUCGACCCUUGAGGAGAACAUCCGACCAAUAAAUGUUAAAAUCUGCGCGGCCAGCAAAGCAAGUACGAUCCUUUUGACUGGUGCUACUGGCUUCUUGGGUGCGUUCUUGCUGAACGAUCUUUUGGAAAGCACAUCGGCCAAGAUAGUGUGCCUUGUACGUUUUAGUGACCCUUCAGAAGCCGAAAUACCGGAAGGAAUUGCAAGGUUGCGGCGGCACCUCCUCGAUUUGGGAUUGUGGAGGGACUCGAUCAUGGAGCGCGUCGAGAUCCUGCCAGGCAAUCUAUCCCGGCCACGCCUGGGCCUCUCCCCAGACGCCUUCGAAGAACUUAGUUGCCGUGUCCAAGUUAUUUUCCACGCCGCCGCCAGUGUCAACCUUGUGUACCCGUACGCUGCCCUCCGGGAUGCUAAUGUAGGGGGAACAAGGGAAAUUUUGCGUCUAGCAUGUCGCGCGGGAGCCACGGUACAGUACAUCUCCACGAAUGGAGUGUUGCCCCCAUCUCAGGAUGGCUGGGAAGAGGAUGCCAUGCUGGGGAUGGACGCUGUCCCAGAGAAGCUAACAGACGGAUAUGGCCAGACAAAGUGGGUGGCAGAGAAACUCGUGCAUGAAGCUGGCCGUCGAGGCCUGCCAGUGAAGGUUCAUCGAGCAGGUACAAUUAGCGGCCACAGCACCACAGGCGCAGGAAACCUGUGGGAUCUUCUUAACGCGAUCAUUGUCGAAUCCAUCAACCUUGGCUAUGCCCCAGACGUGGAAGGCUGGCGUGCAGAGAUGACCCCGGUGGACUUUGUUAGUAAAGCUAUUGUCCAUCUCUCAAAUCAGACCGACACCACCCAGUUUGUUUUUCACCUGGGUGAUCCUGAUCCGGUCCACACUCGAUCAGUCUUCAAAGACCUCGAAGAGCUCGGAUAUCCGACAAAACCACUCCCUUGGGACGACUGGGUUGUGCAGUGGCAAGAAAACAGGGGUGUUCUGCAAGGUGGAGAUGGUGCAUUUACUAUCGAUAUCCUGCGCAGCGGCAUGCCGAGCGUCGAGUUUUUGAGGGGCAUUGUUGUGUUAAACAAUGCCGCUACUCGGCCUUUGCGGGCUGUUGUUGAACGACCCAAGGUCGACAGCAUAUUGCUCGAAACGUAUGCUCGCAAUUGGUUUGCCCGAGGAUGGCUGCCUCGUCCACCAUCGCGCCAACAUGCUCUUGGCGGAACUGCACAGCCCAUACGAAGGGGGCCACUGAGCGGGCGAGUGGCUGUCAUCACUGGGGCUUCGUCUGGAAUUGGUGCUGCAGUUGCUGCUGCUUUGGCACGGGAGGGCCUACAUCUGGCUCUAGGCGCUCGCCGCACCGAGGCACUCGAAGCUGUUAAAAACAGAUUGGUAGUCCGUGAGGGCAAGGUCAUAGUUCGACAGACGGACGUGACAGACAGCAAGCAAGUCGAGAGCCUCAUCCGAGCAGCAAAUGAUGAGCUUGGGCCGGUCGAUAUCCUCAUCUCUUGCGCCGGUGUCAUGUAUUACACCAUGAUGGCAAAUGCGCAUACAGAAGAUUGGGAUCGCACUGUCGACGUAAAUUGCAAGGGUCUUCUGCACUGCCUUGCUUCGGUUGUGCCAUCAAUGAUCUCGCGUAGAAGCGGGCACAUUGUCGCCAUAUCGUCGGACGCAGGUCGAAAGGUCUUCCCUGGCCUGGGCGUCUAUUCGGCUAGCAAGUUCUUUGUCGAAGCCACGCUGCAGAGUUUGCGUUUGGAGACAGCGGGGACGGGGUUACGUGUCACAAGUGUGCAGCCCGGCAACACAGCGACUGACCUCCUAGGCAUGUCGACGGACACUGAGGCAAUCAAGAAAUAUGGUGAGCCGACUGGUGCACAGAUCUUGGAUCCAGAAGAUGUGGCCAACUCGAUUGUCUAUGCAUUGAGACAGCCGCAGCAUGUUGCUGUGAACGAAAUUUUGAUCGAGCCGAGGGAGGAGCCGAUCUGA